AUGAAUAACAAUUCUUCUGGUCCUUCAGAUUUCGUAAAGAAAUUGUUCAUGAUGCUUGAAGAUUCGCAGUACUCUUCUGUUGUUUGUUGGUCCCCUUCAGGUGAAUCAUUUGUUGUGAAGGAAAUGAACGAGUUCACUAAACAAAUACUUCCACGCCACUUCAAACACUCAAACUUUGCUUCUUUCGUUAGACAACUAAACAAAUACGAUUUUCACAAAGUAAAGAGGGAGGAAGGUGAAGAGAAACCUUGGGGUGAUCAGACUUGGGAAUUUAAACAUCCCGAAUUCAAAGCUAACUGUCGUCAUUCCCUUGAAAAUAUCAAAAGAAAAGCUCCUACUGGUAAAGGUAAACCAACUGCUCAACAACAGAAUACAAACGCUGCGCAAGAAUUACAAAACCAGACAACUGUAAACGAGAUUACUAACAUUCAACAACAAAUUGAAAACUUGACCAAAAAUCAACAGGAAUCGAAUUUUCAGCUGAACAACUUACAAUCCAAUUAUAAUCACGUAGUAAAUGGUAUCAUGUCUUUUCAGCGCUCUCUUAUCAACCAGGAUCAACAUAUGCAAAGUAUCUUACAUCACCUCAUCCAACAGAAUAUCUCAAGUAAUAACAAUUACCUUGACAGCGAUAACGUUAAUAGACUUAUAUCCAACUACAAAGAUGCUUCUUUAAGUUCCUUUAACCUCUUAAACGAUUUGAAUGGCAGAAUCACUCAGUUUUCUCAACGAAAGAGAUCUUCCUCCCAAGUACAACCCACACCACCAAUGGUGCAUGGCCCUCAGCCUCAAUCAGUGACUUCAACAUCUCAAUCAGCAUCUCAGUCAGCAUCUCAAUCCACAGCUCAGUCAGCCCCCACAUCUGCAACUCCCUCAACUCAAGGUUUGAAAGUCUUCACAUUGGGUCAGCUCAGACAACGAGACGGUGAAAACAACGUUUAUCAACAACAACCAGCCGCACAAACUUCAAAUCUCGGUGCAUCUACAUCGAUUGUUAAACAAGAACCCCAAGAUCCCCCCAUAAGCUUACAAAGUCUUCAAAAACCUGAAGCUCAUUGGACAGUACCACCGAGGGUAUUGCUAGUUGAAGAUGAUGCAGUGUGUAGGAAGCUUUCAUCCAAGUUUCUACAAAUAUUCGGAUGCACUAUAGAUGUUGCGGACGAUGGAGUGUCAGCGGUAAACAAAAUGAAUUACACCAAGUAUGAUUUAGUGUUGAUGGAUAUUGUCAUGCCAAAUCUCGAUGGAGUUGCAGCGACAAAUCUUAUCAGACAAUUUGACCCAAUGACACCAAUUAUAUCAAUGACUUCUAAUAGCAAUCCAAAUGACAUUCUCAACUACUUUAGCCACGGAAUGAAUGAUAUUCUACCAAAACCAUUUACCAAAGAAGGUUUAUUUGGUAUGGUAGAGAAGCACUUAUUACAUCUCAAGACGAUGCAACAAUUAUGUGAAGUGCCACGUGCGCUAGGUUUACCACCACUCAAUGACCAAUCCAUAUCUGAAGCCUUACAAUCGACAGCUCAAGCAGUUAUACCUAAUCAACAAAGUCAGUCGGAGCAACCAGAGCAAACAGAGCAGCCUGCACAACCACAACCACAGGCACAACCACAACCACAACCACAACCAAAUCAUCAAGAUCAGGAUUCUCAUUCUCACUUCAACCCUGCAACUCUAGCUGCCCAAGCAAUGACGAGCGAUGAUGGUGAAACUGUUAAUCCAUUAGCUUCAAUGGGAAUGUCAGAUGAGAAUUAUGUUAAUAUGUUGCAAGGUAUAUUAGCUUCGGGUGCUAUGGAUGGCUCUAGCAACUAUCAAGGAAGAGCGUCACCAGUGGCUAUAGCUACUGCUGCUGCUAAACGUGCCAUGGACGACGACAGCGUUGAAUCACAUAUCCAUAGAAAGAGGGGCAGAUUUGAAGAACUUAUAGACUAA